GUACAUCGGACUGGCGUUAGCCGUCGCCUCAACACUUGCGAUAGGAACGAGUUUCGUAAUCACAAAAAGGGCUUGAUGCAAGCGAGUCAACAACACGGCUUUGAAGGAGAUGGCUUCGCAUAUCUCAAGAGUCCAGUGUGGUGGUCUGGCAUUAUCACAAGUACGCCUACACCUGUCUUCUACACAUUCUUCAACAAACUCACACCGNNUACAGUGGUUAUCGGUGAAGUGGCCAACUUUGCAGCAUAUGCGUUCGCACCACCGAUUUUAGUAACGCCGCUGGGAGCCCUCAGUGUCUUGAUCNNGGCGGUAUUAGGAUCAUAUUUCCUCGGCGAGAACCUGGGCACGCUGGGUAAGCUGGGAUGUGCCAUCUGUCUGAUUGGAUCCGUCGUCAUUGUACUACACGCCCCGCCGGAUAAAGAGGUGCAGACGAUUGACGAGAUUCUGAACUACGCUGUUCAGCCUGGCUUCCUCUUCUACGUGCUGCUGGUCAUCGUCUUCUCGACCGUCAUGAUCUACCGCGUGUGCCCGCGUUAUGGACGCAAGAACCCGCUGAUCUACAUUUCCAUCUGCAGCACCGUCGGCUCCGUCUCCAUCAUGGCCGUCAAGGGAGUCGGUAUUGCCGUCAAGCUUACCUUUGCUGGCUACAACCAGUUCACUCACCCCAGCACCUAUGUCUUCAUCCUCGUCACGGUUGUCUGCAUUCUGACACAGAUGAAUUACUUCAACAAGGCCCUGAGUCAAUUCAACACCAACAUGUAUGUCCAUCUCGCGUUCAUCUCCCAAUCCGCCGCUGACCUGCCUAGUGUCAACCCGCUAUACUACGUCACCUUCACUACCUGCACCCUCGUCGCAUCCUUUAUUCUCUUCCGAGGCUUCAACACCAGCGACGCAGUCAACACAAUCUCGCUCCUGUGCGGUUUCCUCACCAUCUUCACCGGUGUCUACCUCCUCAAUCUCUCGCGCGAAGACCCUGAAGGCCACGGCCACAUGCAACUGAACGGAAACGGCAGCCGCUUCGACCUCGACGGCAUUCCCACCGAUCCCAUGUCUGGUCCCCUGACCCGUCGAUCUAUGCAAGCUCGUCGUAGCUCCGACGCACAACACCGUCGCUCAAACAGCCUCAAUUUGUCUUUUGCUGGCAGAAGAUCCGGUGAUCGCGACCGAGAAGCUUUGAUGCACAACUACGAUGUUGAGGCCACCAAUGGCGGUUUCAGCCUCGGCGAUUUGGCCGAGAGCGACGAUGAGGGUGUGCCGCGGCAAAUUGGAAAAGCAAAAGUCUCACAUGAGCGUCUCAGCUUCAGCAAGACUGGCAGGUGA